AUGAGUCAAACUGCAUCUUUGAAGGACAGCGAUGUGCAAGAAACAGGCGGACAGCCAGUACCAAAGGUCGAAAAUGGAGAGAGGGAUGAUCCGGGUCAUAGUUCGUUGGAUGCAGGAACGUCGGAAUUGGUACAGGGAUUCGGACUAUACAUCAAAGGAAGAAGUGGACUCUUUUUGCGGAUACCUCCAGAGAUUCUUCUUGAAAUCUUUUAUGCCAUGUGUUCAGGAGGAAGUAACCUGAUUCCCGAUCCAGCUCUAGUCGAUGUUCCUCCUCUCCUCCUCGCGCAUGUCUGUCGUCUUUGGAGAAAAGUAGCGCUUUCAACGCCAAAGUUGUGGUCUCGUUUCGUCCUUGACAUCGGUUAUUGCAAGAUACCGCUUCUUUUGUGGUACCUUGAGCAGUCAAAAGAUGUGCCUCUGGAUAUCGUGUGUCGCGAUCUAGUCGACGAUCCAGUUGACUGCAUAUCCAACAAGAAAAUUGUUCUCCAGCAGUUAUUAGCCCAUUCCAAGAGGUGGAGGUUGGCCAAUCUCGACAUUUAUAACCCUGACAGGUGGACGAAAGCUAUCCGCCUUCUGUCUGAACCCCCAAUUUUCCCGCAACUGCAGGAAAUUUCGCUAUACUUUCUUCGUCAUUUCAAUGAUGUCAAUCAAAUCAUCCUUUCCAAGCUGUUUCCAACUCCCCAGCGCGUGCAAACACUCUCCACUUUUUACGACUAUUUACCUGGUUCUCCCCAGCCUUUCCCAUUGGAUACCUUCAGGCUCGUGUUGAGCGACAACUUCAGCCGAAUCGAGAUGCUCGCGAUUUUGAAGCGCUUUCCGGAUGCCAAGGAACUCAUUAUCCCCUAUUACUCUCUCACUUGGUCCUUCACAGCAGAUCUCGCGAUCAAAAGGCAUUACAACCAUGCUUGCCUAUCCACGCUAUACAUUCGAUUCAGUGUCGGAGACGAUGACGAUGAGUAUUCGCCCUACGGUGAAUGUCACUACAGCUUUCAUCUCUUCUUCCGUACAUUGACUUUACCGGCGUUGAAACAGCUCAAUAUGUUGUACCCAUACAUUUGUUCCUCCUGCCAACGCCGACCGCGACCACAUCCUUGGGACGGCGAUGCUUUCAGAGAGAUGAUGUUGCGAUCCCAGUGCACCCUCGAACGGCUUACCCUUGUUAAUCUUCCGUUACGUCCCUCAGAAAUUGGAGAUCUCAUUCGUUCCUGUCCUGCUCUGUCUACCCUCGUGUACCACGAAUGCGGGGGUACGAAAACGACAAAGCAUUUGUUAGACCUACUAGCCACACCUAGUGUUUAUGUCCAGCUGGAUGCCACGCUCCUCCCACUUCCGGUACUUGAACGUCUAGGCAUCUCGAUUACGUUUUCGUCAGACUCGGAACUGUCAAAGGAGAGCCAGGAGAACGAGCUUGCUAUCAAAAUCACAGAAACUUCUCGAGCGAGACAACAAAUGAAUCUCGCUCCUUUCAAACUCUCUUUUGAGUUGUCACGGCCUUUACUAUCCUCCACUAGGAACAUUCUCGAUGGGAUGGAUAUUGACGUGAACUCUAUUACCACGUUUCCUCAGGAAGUUGUGGAAUGA